AUGACCACCACCAUCGCUUGUCAGUCUAGCCUUCUGUCGUUACCACCGGAAUUACGCCUCCAAAUCUACGAGACGUUCUUGGUGGACCAUGUCCGAGUCGUUCGUAGGCAGCAGCCAUCAAACAAGCACCUGCAACUGCUGGAAGUGUGUUCCACGACCAACCGCGAGGCCAGGGGUCUUCUUAGACGGUAUGUCUCGCUGCACCGCGAGUUGCAGAUCCGCCAAUUCCUGGAGCGCGUGUCUGAGGGACAUGCGAACGAAAUCCGAUGGGUCGAUGUUGCGAACGACGCUCGAGUGGUCCGACUGGAACUGGACACGGCACCUGUCUCAUGGCUGUAUCAGGCUUUAUACAGGAUUCCAUCUAUACGGCAGCUACGUGUCUUCGACUGUCGACAAUGGUUUCCCGUCGACUUUCACGGAUCCGGUGGCCAGAUAUCGAUUCGUUUCGAGGAAGCCAUGUUCCCGUUGGCAUCUCCGCGCUUGGUCUCGUACGAACUACAUACGUCCGCAAACAUCCAUAUAGAGGCCUUCCGCACAGUCGACCCUAGCGGACUCGUCUCUUUGCGCUUGUCGGGCUCAUGCGUACUGGCACAGGGCACUACGUUCCCGAACCUUCGACAUCUAACCCUAUUCGGCAUCAAGGGCAACUACUUCGAUUUGCGUGCGCUAGAGACCGCGUUUUCCGGCUGCCAACUCGAGUCAUUUUCCUAUACCCAAGAUCGCUUGGGAUUCGAAAUGCGCGAUCACAUGCUUGAUGGAUUGGUCCAUAGCGUCGGACGGUCCCUUCGCAAGCUUGUCCUCCUAGGCUGCAGCCGCAUUACGACCCGGGCCCUGGCUGACUGCUUACGAGCGACUUCGCUGCUCCGAUACUUAGCCUUGUCCCUCGUCGUCGUGCACGAGCUGUCUCACCAGUUCGUCUUCGUGCUCCCCGACAGUUUAGAGGUGCUGAAGAUACAGCUCGCCAACUCAUGGUACACCGUCUCCAAGAUCAACGAGGAGCGCGGCGUUUGUGAUGCCUUGGAGCUCCGACUGGUGCAUCACCUUCCGCAACUGAAGCACUUGGCCUUGAGCUUGCAGAAUACUCUCUUACAAGAAGGCGGACGCCGAGGACGCUGGUUAGAGGUCGCGAAGGCUCGUCAUAUUACGUUGAAGUUCGGUGCAUGGGAAGAAGACGAAGAAAUCUGA